AUGGCACCAUCUCUGCUUGAGACCCGGCCACAGGCACCCCACUCUCUUACAAGUCCCUCCCAGAAGCCUGUGGAUAGGAAAAUAUUCCCCGACGGUAUCAAGACAAGUGGGCAGCAUCCCCCUUUGCCUGAGUUGAUCAAAAACUACUCCGACUUCCCCAAGGAGAUCAAGGGAGCAACCGUCUGGAAAGCGGAUGACUAUACCAACAACCCGGAACAAUGGGUUCAUGUCUUCAACAGCGAGGAAGUUGCUGAGUUGAGUGCCGCCGCCGACAAGUUCCUCACUGAUAAGACCCCUUUGACUGGCAUUUCCAAAGAUAACUUCCCUUUGCCCAAGCUGUCGGUAUUGUUGGCAUCGAUUCGCGCCGAGAUUCUCAAUGGGAAGGGUUUCAUCCUAUUCAAAGGCUUCCCAGUGGAAAAAUGGGGCAACCACAAAUCUGCUGUGGCAUACAUGGGAUUGGGAACUUACCUUGGAUACUUCGUAUCUCAAAACGGCCGCGGCCACGUUCUCGGCCACGUAAAGGACCUUGGAGACGACCCAACCCAGAUUGACAGAGUACGAAUCUACCGUACCAAUGCUCGCCAAUUCUUCCAUGCGGAUGACUCGGACCUUGUAGGCUUGCUAUGCAUUGCCCGAGCUCUCGAGGGAGGAGAAUCUGAUAUUGUUUCCUCGCACCAUGUGUGGAACACGCUCCAAAAAGAGCGCCCAGACGUCGCGGAAACCUUGACAAAACCAAUUUGGUAUUUUGACCGCAAAGGAGAGACUAGCGUUGGAGAGGAAGAAUUCAUCAAAACUUCUGUCUUCUACCUUGAGAAGGGCCCCAACGGAAGAGUCUACUCUAAGUGGGAUCCAUACUAUGUAAAGUCGCUUGACCGAUUUAUGAACAAGGGUAUUAUCCCACCCUUGUCGCCCGAGCAAGUCGAGGCAGCCAAGGUGUUGGAAGACACAUGUCACCGCUUGAGAUUGCACAUGAUUCUUGAGGUUGGAGAUAUUCAAUUCCUAAGCAACGAGCACGUUCUGCAUGCCAGAACCGAGUACAAGGACCAUGCUCCACCAACUCCCAGAAGACAUUUGAUGAGAUUGUGGCUUGCAACGCCAGAGAGUGAGGGCGGGUGGAAGCUGCCUUUCCAUGAUUCUACCGAGAAGAAGAGAGGGGGAAUUCAGGUCAAUGAUCAACCACCUGUGGCACCUUUAGAUGCAGAAUAA